UUCGUUCAGGCAACCAACUGUUACAAUUCCAGUUCUUUGAGAAAGUUCCGACAAAUACAUCAAAUGGAUGCAAAUCCGAUUCGAUUUAGGCAGGUAUCUGGAUCCAUAAUCAAAGAAAAAUCACAUCUAAACAAAACCCACAAUUUUUUUUCUCUCAAUUUCGAGAAAAGAAUCGGAAACAAUUACUUGAAUCCUCUGAGAAGGAAUUUUUCAGGUCUAGGUAGUACAGGCAAAAAUGGCUUCAAUGAAGCCGCUUUUGAAACUGAAAGGCUAAGUUUAGAUUCAAAAGCGAGAGAAGAAAUGGCAGAGAAAGCUCAGAUAGAGACGAGUAGUAGGAAUGCUGCAGAACAAGAUCCUAAAGCUUGGAAAUGGAUAAUUAGGAAAAGGGUUUGGGAUAUGAUGGAAGCUGAAAAUAUUGCUCAAAACCCUCGUCCUGUUCAUCAUCGAAUUCCUAAUUUCGUUGGUGCUGCUGCUGCUGCCAAAAAGUUAUCAGAAUUGGAAGUGUUUAGAACAUCAGAUUGUGUUAAGGUUAAUCCAGAUUCACCACAGAAGCAGGUUCGGUUUCUAACACUCUCAGGUGAGAAGAAGUUGUUGACACCACAGCCACGAUUGAGGACAGGAUUCUUCUCAGUGCUUGAAUCUAGUAUGUUGUCUCUGAGCACAAUGGGCGAAGCUUGUACGUCUGUUGGUGUUGCCAAGUAUGGAAAGCCAAUUGGUCUUGAUGAGAAGCUCAAGGUGGAUUUGAUAGUUAUUGGUUCGGUCGCUGUUGAUCCAAAGACUGGUGCACGGCUUGGUAAAGGCGAGGGGUUUGCGGAGCUUGAAUAUGCAAUGUUGCGUUACAUGGGAGCAAUUGAUGACAGCACUCCAGUUGUCACUUCUAUACAUGAUCGGCAACUAGUGGAUGAUAUUCCUGUUGAGAAAUUAUUGAUUCACGAUGUUCCUGUUGAUAUCAUUUGCACUCCCACCCAAGUUAUCUUCACCAACAAUUCUAUUCCAAAACCUCAAGGAAUAUAUUGGGACAAACUUUCCCCGGAGAAGUUGGGCCAAAUUCGUAUCCUCAGAGAGCUCAAAAGACGGAUUGAACGAGAGACUGGACAGAAACUUCCUUCUGGACCCUCAGAAAAGUUACCAGCCACAGCUCAACGGAAGAGACGCUAAUAGUAACAUUGUAUUCAUUUCAAGUAAACCAGAUUUUGAAAGCAAAGCAACGAAGAUUUACCUUAAAUGACACUGUAACAUGCAUUUUUAUGAUCAUACUGAAGAACCCUUGCUUUCAUAUCCUUUCAGGUGUUUAUGUGUGCUUUUGAUUUUGAAUGGAGAUUCCACAUCUAAUAUUUCAUUCUGUCUUUCCUAGUCUUUU